UCCGUCCUUUAAGAUCCGAGCUGUCCUCCUCCUACCAUGCAUGCUCCUUUCCGUUACUUUCCGUCUUUCUCCACUCACCGAGGCAGAGAGAGAGAGAGAGUGUGUCUGUGUGACGUGAUCCCACGGAGUGGCUCCCGUAACUACAUGGAUUGAGAAGAGGUGGGGUGUCAAAACCGCCGCCGCUGUAACAGCCAAAGCUCGGUGCUUUUUGCUUCAUGGCCUUCUGGAAAUCCGGCACGCUCUGUUCGUCCACGUGCUCGUCGGCUGAGACGGCGAAUACGCAGGAUAAGCCGGCGCUGGUGGGCUGUGUCAGAGUCAAUGCUUUCGCGAGGACGUUUUUUCCGGCGAAGCGCUGCCUCCAGCUUGAUCCUUCUUCCAAGCUCUACUUCCCAUAUGAACCUGGAAAGCAGGUCAGAAGUGCUGUUAGGAUAAAGAAUACUAGCAACUCUCAUGUAGUAUUCAAGUUCCAAACAACUGCACCAAAGAGCUGUUUCAUGCGCCCUCCUGGUGGUACGCUGUCUCCAGGAGAAAGCAUUGUAGCAACGGUUUUCAAGUUCGUGGAGCAUCCUGCGAAUGACGAGAAACCACUGCAGUUAAAGAGCAAUGUCAAGUUUAAGAUCAUGAGUUUGAAGAUGAAAGGACCAAUUGAAUAUGUGCCGGAGCUGUUUGAUGAACAGAAAGAUGAAGUUUUAGUUGAGCAAAUUUUAAGUGUCGUCCUCUUUUAUGCGGACCGUCCAAACCCACAUUUGGACAAGCUAAACGACCAGCUUGCUGAGGCAGAUGCCGCACUAGAAGCUCGCAAGAAGCCACCGGAGAGCACCGGGCCACGAAUCGUUGGAGAAGGACUCGUAAUAGAUGAGUGGAAAGAAAGAAGGGAAAAGUACUUGGCAAGGCAGCAAGUUAAAGCAGUGAAUUCAUUGUAAAACGUGUUCUGAUGUAUAAUUAGUAGCCUUUCAAUGGAUAAAUUAAGCAUGUUUGUUACCGUUGAGGUAUACUUUCAAUUCAUGAAAUUUGAUUUUUUUGGGCAAUUUACAAAGAUAAGUUUCUACAAUGUUGAUGUUACGAACCUGCGGUGCUGUAAUUGAUCAAGGGUUGAUCUUGUAAAUGAUCUUCUUUGGUUGUCAGAAAUAGAGAUUUUUAAUCCAAUGUUGAUGUGGGCCAGAAGGGCUUGUAUUCAU